CGAUAAUAUCUCUAUAACCAAAAAAUAUUAUGUAAGUUCAAUUACUUUGUAAUAUUAGGUGCUUUGUUUCAGUCAAAGGAAUUCAAUAUACUUCUUUAUCAACUCAUGAUUGAAGACAAGAACACCGAAAUUUUGGACAACGGAAGACUGAUGCUACAAAUUGCGAUGAAGAGAGAGGUGGUGUUCACUGCUUGCGGAUUCUUCAGCUUAGAUUUCACUUUGGUACAUUCGAUGUUGGCUUCAGCUACUACGUACCUGGUGAUCUUGAUCCAGUUCGGAGACCCCGGGAACGGCGGAGUGCAAACAGCUGCGACUAACUUUACCACUACACAACUCCCCGCGACUUAGUCACCAUAAAUACUGCAUAAUUUUUAUUGCACUAAAUUAGUCGCAAAAAUAUUGUGUUAGUUAGAAAAAUAGUGUGUUAGUUAGAAAGAUAGUUUGUCACUUUUUUUCUUUUUGAUUGAAUAUGUUUAUUUCUAUAUACACAAGUCAAUAAAAAAAAUACAUAUGGGUCAUUCUCAUAUUAUUUGACCAUUUAGCAUUUCUGAAUCUAGCAAUUUGGGUUGAAAAAUUGAUCUCAAAUAUUAGUAUAGAUGCCCCAGAUAAUAAACUUGAGCUUUGGUAAUCACUUUUUCUUAAUAUUUAUUUAUUUUGCAUUAUAUUUGCAAAUGUGCUUUCGUUCGUUUUGUCUGCUAUUUCUUGAAAAUUUAUUGAUGUUGUGUGUAGAACCCGAGGGCACUGACUAUUUAGUCUACUAUGAGGCUCUCCUGGUAAAAAGGAGAAAGACAGAGAGAGGGCAAGUGGAUAAGGGUAAUUAAUAGUUGAAGUGUGAAAUGUGGUGUUUUGUCAUGUAUGUAGGUUUUUGUAGCUGGUAUGUUCAUGUCGCUGUGAAUGGUGUGAUUUUAAAU